UCCCCUUCUGUUCUGGCAGCAACUGACUUCCCGUUGGGGCUUCCUGGUUCCCACCCCGCAUUCGGGGCACUACCUUCCGCGACAGAGAGACUUGGACCCCGGGGGACGCGAACAUGGUACCCCUGCUGCUCCUGCUGCCCCUGCUAUGGGGGGAAUCGCUGCAGGAGAAUCUAGGAUACAGGCUCCAAGUGCAGGAAUCCGUGACCGUGCGGGCGGUCCUGGGCGUGCACGUGCCCUGCUCCUUCUCCUACCCCUGGAGCUCCUGGUAUUCCUCUGUGGAACCCUUCAUCUACUGGUUCCGGGAAGGGGACGACCCACGCAGUGAUCCUGUGGCCACCAACAACCCAAAGAGGCGAGUGAAGACGGAGACCCGGGGCCGAUUCCGCCUCGUCGGGGACCCCGGCAACAACGACUGCUCCCUGAGCAUCAGAGACGCCAGGAUGAGCGACGCAGGAGUCUACUACUUCCGGGUGGAGAGAGACGAUGUGAAAUAUAGUUACAGAGAUAAGAAGCUGAAUUUGCAGGUGACAGCCCCACCAGAGAAACCCUACAUCCAGUUUCUGGAACCUCUGGAGGCUGGUCGCCCCACAAAGCUGACCUGCACCCUGUCACUGGAAUCUGAUGAGGGACACCCUCUCCUGUUCUCCUGGGCGGGGGAGGCAGUUGACACCUUGGACCCAGGGACCCUCCACUCCUCAGAGCUCACCCUCACCCCGAGGCCCCAGGACCAUGGCUCCAACCUCACCUGUCGGGUGACACUCCAAGGAUCUCAGGGGACCCUGGAGACAACCGUGUGGCUCAAUGUCUCCUAUGCUCCACAGUUGGUGAUCACGAGAAUAUCUCAGGAAAGCUUCACAGAUCUGAAUGGCACGUCACUGCCCGUCCUGGAGGGCCAGUUCCUGCGCCUGGUCUGUGUGGCCGACAGCAACCCCCCUGCCAGGCUGAGCUGGCUCUGGGAGGGGAAACCCCUGAGCCCCUCCCAGCGCUCAGCCCCCGGGGUCCUGGAGAUACCCCGUGUGGGGGUCGGAGAUGGAGGAGAAGUCACCUGCCAAGCACAGAACCCGCUGGGCCCCCAGCAAGUUUCCUUCAGCCUCUCUGUGCAGAAAGGCCCCCCUUCCUGCAGCUGUGAGACUGAGGAGCCGCAGGGCUCCUGGCCCCUGGUCAUCACCCUGAUCAGAGGGGCCCUCAUGGGGGCUGGCUUCCUCCUCACCUAUGGGCUCACCUGGAUCUACUACACCAGGUGUGGCGGCCACUAGGGAGCUGGGCUGAGGGGUGUGGCUGAGCCUCGCUCCCUGUCAUGAUGAGAUUCACCUGAGGAUGCAGAGCCCAGAGGACAGACGUGGGGACAUCACUGUCUGCUUCUCCCUGGAAACUGUUGACUCCAAAUCUGUCUCAUUUCCACCCAGGGGUUUUAACCUUUUAAUUUGUAGAGGUGACUGUGUGAUGACACAAAGAGUAAAUUCCAUUGAAAAGAGA